AUGCGGGCUGGGCUCACGAGAGGUUGCGGCUGUGGCCGAGCGCCGCCGACGGCUCGGAGUGGAUGGUGUGGUGUGCGCGGCGGGAACCGACUUGCAUGCAGAGGCCUGGACGGACUACCGGUCCGCAGUGACGUGGACGGGCGGGCAGGAGGCGUUCCCCCACCUGGCGUUCGGAACGUCGUCACGUUCAACAGGCCUCUGCUCGACGCCGAGUUGAUCAGCCUCCUGAGGCGCGCUCGUGGCGAGGUCGUGCUGGAGCAUGGCAGCGAUGCCGCGGACUGGCGGACGCAGGACGCAGUUGAUUGGAACGGUGGGCGGCUGGCCGUGCCUCACGCGACG